UUUUUCUAAAAUUACAGACAAACUUUAAUAUCAUGAAAAUGCAUGCAUCUUCUAUACUAUAUGAGGGAAAUCUACCCAAAACCCGCUCCUUACUGACACUUCUCAUUGGAAUGCUAAUUGGAUUUUGUGUGGCUGAGCUUAUAUCUUUUAUGACUAUAUCUGAAGAUAUCAAAUCUAUCAAUACUUUGGCCAGCAAUGAUCUACACAUGCAGCAACCGACGAAAGACGUUGGAGUACCAACUUUAGAUGUGAUCGAACACGAACAUCCACACGAUAAUACAACGCUCGCUGAUCAGUUGAAGAGGGAGGUGCGUUUGCUCUGUUGGGUCAUGACCAAUCCCAACAAUCAUAAGAAGAAGGCGCGCCACGUGAAACGCACCUGGGGUAAACGCUGUAACAUUUUGCUAUUCAUGAGCUCUGCGGCAGAUGAUGAGCUGCCCACAGUCAAGUUGGAUGUGGAAGAGGGUCGGCCGAAUUUGUGGAGGAAAGUAAAGGAGGCCUUCAAGUACGUCUACAAGCAUCACUAUAAUGAUGCGGAUUGGUUCUACAAGGCUGACGACGACACCUAUGCAGUCGUUGAGAAUCUGCGAUAUAUGCUCUAUCCCUAUAGUCCAGAGACGCCCGUUCACUUUGGCUUCAAGUUCAAGCCCUUCGUUAAGCAGGGAUAUAUGUCGGGUGGUUCUGGCUAUGUGCUCAGCAAGGAGGCACUGCGAAGGUUUGUGGUCGAGGGCAUACCCGAUCCCAAGAUGUGUCUACCUGGCACCGUUAUCAACGAGGAUAUCGAGAUUGGCAAAUGCAUGGAGAAUCUGAAUGUGACAGCAGGCGAUUCUCGUGAUGUGAAUGGGCGUGGUCGCAUGUUUCCCUUUGCACCGGAGCAAAUAUUAAUACCCUACAAGGAUCCCAAUUUUUGGUACUGGAAUUAUAUCUACUACAAGACAGACGAUGGUCUCGAUUGCUGUUCGGAUAAUGCGAUUGCUUUUCACUAUAUCACGCCCAACUUCAUGUAUGUGCUGGACUAUCUGAUUUAUCACCUGAAACCAUUUGGUGUGCUGAGGACAGAGCGAUUGCCGGCCAAACUAAAAGUGGGUGAGUUUAUGCCGCCGCCAAAGGAAGAGCCCGCCAACAGCAACGAGGAUUCUAUGGAUGACUAUGACAGAUUAUAUACAACUGAACAGCCAAUAGAACCAGAUGCAAGAGAAGUAGACGAAGACAAAGACGACAUUGAGAAGGAGCUCAAAACGGAAAAGAAUUUGCGAACGACAAAAAAGCCAGAAACAUGA